AUGGUGGUGGGAUGGGAAUGGGUGGGAUGGGAAUGGGUGGGAUGGGAAUGGGCGGGAUGGGAAUGGGCGGGAUGGGAAUGGGCGGUGGAUAUGGAUAUGGCGGAGGGAUGGGUGGUCCUCUUGGUGGUGGGUAUGGACGAUAUGGAGGGAGAUAUGGAGGAGGCCACGGUGGAGGCUUUGGCGGAGGAUUCGGUGGUCGACCUGGCUUCGGUCCCGGUGGUGGAUGUGGCCCCGGAGGUGGCCGCCGUGGUCGGCGUUGGUGAAAUCUACGGCACAGGGGAUGUCACGCCGAUCCGAAACUUGAUUCCGCCCCGCCCCGACUACCGGAGACCUCGACGGCGGCCAGCCCAUCUGCGCACCACAACAGGCUGUCUGACCUGUCGCAAACGGAAGAAAAAGUGCGAUGAGACUCGUUUACAAUGUCUGAACUGCGCCAAACGAGAUCUCGACUGCGUCUGGCAAUCAGACAUCCAACACGAAUCGUCGAGCUUACAGCAAUGUUCGUUCAGUGAAACAUCUCCGGCGACAGUCUCUACUGUGGCUCAGGUCCUCAGCCAUUGUCCGAGUUCACGGCUUGACAGAGCUUGGAAACAUUCCGUGCAGUUACCAGUCGCGGUAAGCGCCUCUGGCAAGCCAGCACAACCAGCUGCCUCAAUCUCGGAUAACAUGCAUCCUGAACUCUCUGUAUUCUCUCAUGUCAACUUGCAUAGAAUCUUGCAACUGCCUCCGCCAAGUUUGUUCAGUUAUUCGCCGGCCAUUACCACGAAAAGUGGCCCACUUUUCGACUUUCUCAAAACAACCUUUCUUCCGCAGCUGAUACACCCGGGGACAAGUAUCCACGUCAGUGAUGCUUUGAGCAAGCAGACCUUUGCCUUGGCUCUCAACAAAGCAUUCUGCAUGCACGCAUUGCUCGCUUGUUGUGGCGUCGAGAUACCCUCUAAUCAAGCCAGCUUUCGUCAACUGGGCCGCUACCACUAUACUCAUGUAGUAGCUGGUCUCCGCAAGAACUUGAACGAUGGGUGCUUGCAGGGUCAAUGGGUUGUCGCUAUGUUUACUGUCAUGAUGUUAUGCAUUUACGAGCGAUCCAAGCCUGGUGAAUCUUCAGGAGUAGAGAUCCAUCUGGCGGGAGCGGCCCAAUUAAUUCAACUUGCCUCUCGAGGUCAGGAACUUGACUUCCAAGAACCGGGAAUCGAACAGGCCAUGCAACGUCUCGUUCGGGAGUCCUUCAUCUUUCACGUCACAACUAGCCUUCCGUUCCAGGAAGAAGAUAGAGACCAUAGAGAUAUUGAAGGGGCUUUAGCUCUCGCGGAAGAGGCCGUAUCCCAGCACUGUGGCCCUCAGUGCGUUACUCACCUCGAGUCGCCAGUGCUCGGAUUCCAACCCCGACUUUUCCGGAGCGUCUACAUCAUCUACCGUCUUUAUCGAAUGUCGGAUCGAGACCGAGUCAGUCUAGAAACAUGCCAGAGACUAGAUGACGAUCUUUACCAGUGGGAAGAUUACACUAAACCGGCCAUGGCUUCACCAGCCAAUAUUGCUUGCGUUGGACCGAAACUGUAUAUCCUCGGUUGUCGCAUUCUGCUCCGACGCAUGUCCCCCUCGAUCCUGAUGCCUGCAUUGUCCAUUCCGCAGUUAGCCCAGGAAGGUAUGGAAAUCAUACAUCGCCUAAAGCCUGCCCAGGACUAUUACGCGGAUUAUUACUGUUGGCCAUUUCUAGUUAUCGGGAUGAAUGUAGGGGAUCCACGCGACCAAGAUUCGCUUAUGAGACAGGUCCGCUCGUUUGAAACCGCUACAAACAAUGGGACCAUGAGACGACUUGUGGAAAUCUUGAAACGAUGCUGGAAUACCGAUUGA